UGAUAUUGAUGAUCCUUCACUCAGAAAGUUUUUAGACUUCCGGCACCUAGAAGGUGAUUUGGCUGAUCCAGAUACGGAGCAUUACCAUUACCAAAGUGAAUUGAAUACUAUCAGCAAGAAUUACGUUGAAGAAUCUGAGGUUGGUCAAAAAGUUUUAAAAUUGAGAAGUGAUUUUGAGGAAAGGUGGAAUGCUCUGUCCGUAGUGGUUUUUGGGUGGAAAGCUCAUAUGGACAACUUGUGGGUGGAAUGCUCACAAGAAAAGGAUGGAAUGCUCGUGGAUAAAAAGUCGAGGUUAAUAAAACUUUUUUGGGAUUUACAAAAUAUUUGCGCCGAAUCAGAGUUAAUUAAUGAGAAAUCCAAAUUGCAAUGGAAGGGCAAUAUGAAUUUGAAAAAAACAGGUCUUUGCUACCUUAAAGAGACUUCAUCCUCUGUGCAAGAAAAACAAAUCUCAGAUUAUAAAUCUCGCGAAAGGUCUAAGACACAAGCAAAUAAUGUGUAUGAAAAAGUUAAUAUAUGUACACCUAAACGAACCAUUAUAUCAGAAGAUGGAGAAGCGAGUGAAGAUUUACGUUAUAGCACUUCACCAAAGCAUAUAAGCAAAAAAACAUUACCAAACCCUUUUUUGGUAAAUCAACAAGUGAAAAAACAUGGUUUCGAAACCGAGGAAGAUGGCGAUGAAUAUGAUGCAGACCUAACAAUUGUUGGUGGAAUAAGCAUAGAAUGGAUUGUAAAUGGAAUUCAAAUCAGAGAACGUCUCAAAGAAUACCAGUUGAAGGGGAAUCUGCCAAAAACGAGACCAGAAUAUUAUGAUAUCAUAUUUUUUAAUUCUAAUAAAGUUGGGUUUUUAGAGACAUUAGAUGAAAAAACUGAAAAUUCUAUAGAAAAUGAAAUCAGAUUGUUGUUGGAUCGUAUAAUUGAUCGUGAUAUUAAAAAAACGAAGGAAAAACUCAAACAAGUAAAGGAGGAAGAUAUCGCUUUAUUUGAAAAUAAAUUCGCAUUAUAUUUUGUGAGACAUAUGGUAAGACUAAUGGAAGACAUCAAUUUAUUACUUGACCCACUAUCAGAAGGCACAUAUAUCAAUAGUGUUCUAGCUCCCAUUCUUGAUGAAUUUUUUGUCAAAAAUAAAAGACAGUGGCGUUUGUCUUAUGGCGAAACUUGUCUCAAAGCAAAUGCGAAAGACAGGAAUUCACAAAAACAAGAUUUUGAACGCCGAUCUAUUGUUGAAUUACAAGAAGAGAAUGAAGAGUUUUCUGUCAUUGAAAUUAGUGGACCGCCAAUGAAAAAUGUUUGGUCACACUUUAUGAAUGAUCGAUUGAAGAUUGCUAAAAUGUUAAAAACAAUAAUGAACCAUCUUGCGGAAUUAAACCCAAGUUCUGAUAUUACAUUAGUCAAGCUAUACGGAUUGCAAUCAUAUCGUAAGUUUGGAUACUAA